AUGAAAAUGAACACCAUUGAUUAUGUAUCCAUAUUACUGGCUUUAAUUAUUUUUUUAGUAAUCUUUAUGUAUAAUUAUAAAAAAGGUCAUCGACAAGAAAUAUCUUCUCCAAUUAAUCUUUUAACAAUGAGUUCAGAAAUUAUUGAAAACUCCAGAUGGAUUCACAUUUAUGCUGCAUUAAAAAUAAAAAACGAACAUUGUCACGAUGAAAAUACUUUAAGAUUAUUUUAUUAUACCUCACUUAUUUUUAAACAUGCUGGGAAUACUAAUCAGUCAGAUUGUUUUAUUUUUUAUAAUACCCAAGGAGUAAAAAAAGAGCAAACAUUUAAAUUUUGUAAAUUAUUUAUAGAAUGUCAAGAAAAAAAUCUUUUUACUAUAAAUAGCUUGAGGAAGAAAUGUGAAAUCUUUAAUUUUGGGGUCAAAUCAAAUUAUGAAGGUCAAAUUAUUAUAUCCUUAGAUUUAAGAAGAAAUGAUCUCACAAAAUUUAACUCAUAUAUAUUUCUACGAAUAUUUAACACAUUUAAACAUUUAUUCGAUGAAAAUGUGCAAAAACUUUUGUGUGAAAAGUAUAUACUUCAUGGACAUUAUAAUACAGCUUAUUCUGUCAUUGAUGUUUUGGGUGGCUUUUUUCUAUACGAAAUGUAUAUCAGACAAUUUGAUUUUAAAUGUAUUCAACAAAAAUAA